ACUUUCCCCUUGGAUCAUAGGAGAAGAAAACUUUAGUGAGAGAGAGAACUUUCAUACUUUUCCCUCACCCACCCAAACCUGAGCAAUGAUGUUCCCCAGCGCACUCGCGCCACCUGCAAUGUAUCCAGGGACUCUGUCUCUACCCCAGUCACUGCAGUCAGCAUUUGCCGCUCAUUCGAGCUUUCUAAUGGAAGACCUGCUGCGGAUCAGCCGGCCUGUGAGCUACAUGCACCGGACAGUUCCCUCUCACAGCGUGUCGCCUUCGGUGACAGGAAUCACCACGCUCACGAGCGGCCGCACUGACAUGGCUGUCAUUUCUUCGCAGACAAGGGCGAGUUCUCCUCAGACCUCAGUUUCCAUGCACAGCGACCCUAACUAUCUAAAGUUUGGAGUUAACGCCAUCCUAGCACCAUCCAGACACGCAUCCUCCUCCCCAUCCUUGCACGGCCUUCACUCCAAAGCUUUCCCUCUACCGUAUUUUGACGGGUCGUUUCAUCCAUUCGUCAGAGCAUCGUAUUUUCCAGCAUCAUCUUCUGUUGUACCUAUUCCUGGAACGUUCUCAUGGCCGCUGGCUGCCAGGGGCAAGCCUAGAAGAGGGAUGCUUCGACGAGCAGUGUUCUCUGACGUGCAGCGGAAAGCAUUGGAGAAAAUGUUUCAAAAACAGAAAUAUAUCAGCAAACCUGACAGAAAGAAACUGGCCUCUAAAUUAGGUCUCAAAGAUUCACAGGUAAAAAUAUGGUUCCAAAACCGAAGAAUGAAGUGGCGCAAUUCCAAAGAGAGAGAAUUGCUGUCAUCCGGAGGGAGUCGGGAACAAACGCUGCCCACCAAACUGAACCCCCACCCGGACCUUAGUGACGUCGCCAAGAAGUCGUGUGAGGAAGAGGUGGAAGCUUACAGACUGGACAGUCUGCGCGCUUCUUUCUGCCACUCUCCGUCCGACCGCGACCACUUGAACAGCAUAGAGUCGCAUCUUUCCUCGCCUUCCAUUUCUAGCAAGCACUCGGACUUUUCAGAAUCGGAGGACGAAGAAAUUACCGUGUCUUAGUUGUGAAUAGAUGACUUAUGAUACAUUUUUAAAAUAACAAUGUGAACAUAAAUUACGCGAUACACAAGUGUCACUUCUUAUCCUUGUAACUUUAAGCACCAUUUCAGUUUCAUCUGUCUUGCAGAUAUACCCCGGUGGUUGUUUUAAGGGAUUCACUCCUUGAAGUAAAUUAGCUGUAUUUUCUCAGCCCUUUGUAACUUGCUAAAAUAUUUUAAGGGAAAUCUUUAUACCAAGAGUAUUAUUAUCACUGACUAUACAAUUAGAUUGAACACUUAAAAAAGACUAUAUAGAUGCUAGAUGUAUAUAAAAACACAUAUUUUAUUCGUAUGUCUUGUAUGAAUAUUUGUACUCCCGAGUAUAUUUUUCUAAAUAAACGUAUCCAAAUGUAUAAUAAAUGUCAAGCUGAUUAUAAGUGAAUAAAUGAAUG